AUGUGGCUUCUCCAUUACUCUUUUUUCUUAGCACUCGUUACCUGGCUGUGCGUCCGCCGUUGGCGCGCAUCACGCGAAGAAGCUAAAGAAGUCGCGUUCGGUGCCAGCAAAGGCUGCGCCAGCCCCCGAACACUGCUCUCAGACUGGCCACUCGGCCUCGAUCUAAUCGUGAGCGCGUUCCAAGCCGCCAAACAGGGCCGCAUACUGCAAUACUUCGACGCGCUCGUCAGCCGUACCGGCCACACUUUCGAGCAGCGGCUCCUCGGCGUCUCAGGCAUCGACACCAUCGACCCCGCCAACAUCGAAGCCGUCCUAUCCACCCAAUUCAAAGAAUUCAGCCUCGGCGUGCGGCGCGCCACCUUCUUCCCGCUGCUCGGCGACGGCAUCUUCACGCAGGACGGCCGCGCGUGGAAGCACUCGCGCGAGCUGCUGCGUCCGCAGUUCACGGCCAACCGCGCCGAGAAAUUCGCACAGAUACAGAGCGCCGUCGAGGAUCUGAUUGCUCUGAUCCCGGGCGACGGCAAGCAGCCCGUCGAUCUGCAGCCGCUGUUCUUCCGCUUCACGCUCGACACGACGACGUUUUUGUUGUUUGGUGAGUCGAUUGGGUCGCUGCGCGGGGGUGCUGAGGAGAGGGCGGCGAGUGAAGAGACGAGGUUUGCGGAGGCGUUUACGGUUGCGCAGGACUACUUGGCGCAGAGGGGGAGGCUGGGCGAUGUGUAUUGGUUGAUUGGUGGCCCCAGGUUUUGGAAUGCGUGUCGGACGGUGCAUGCGUUUGUUGAUUCGAUGGUGAGGGAUCGCUUGCGGGAUGCCGAGGAGGAGAAAAAGGAAGGAUCUGACUCUGCCGCGACGAAGUCGGACAAGAAGUAUGUGUUCCUGGACGCACUUUUGGAGCAGACGCGCGAUGUCUUUACGCUGAGGUCGCAGCUCUUAAAUGUGCUGCUGGCGGGAAGGGACACGACUGCUUGUUGCCUGUCUUGGACUUUCCGUCUUUUGGCCCGUCAUCCUGAUGUCCUCGCCAAGCUACGCGCAGAGAUCGAGCAUGAGGUCGGCUCAGCUAUACCACAGCAAAACGACAUCAAGCGGAUGACCUAUCUCAGCUACGUGAUCAAAGAAGUUCUCCGCUUAUACCCUUCCGUGCCUGUGAAUUCACGUACAGCGCUCUGCACGACGACCCUUCCCCGAGGCGGCGGCGAAGAUGGUCUUUCACCCAUCCUUAUCCGGCGCGGCAUGGCCGUGGGCUAUUGUCCUUACUUGAUGCACCGCCGCACAGACCUGUACGGUGAAGAUGCUCAUCUCUUUCGGCCGGAGCGCUGGGAAGAUGGACUGGAGCGGAGGGUGGGAUGGGGCUACGUGCCGUUCAACGGGGGGCCGAGGGUGUGUUUAGGUCGUGAGUAG